AGAAAUUAAAAAAAAGAAACAGUCGGCCACGCUUACGAGAGAAAUCUCCACAUUUCGGGGGCAUUUUUUCCCCCUUUAAAUUUAGUUCUAAUAUUGCCGUAAUCACUUCCCUAACAAAACUAAACACACGAGUGUCUCGUCAAAAUUCACAAUGGCAGAUUUAGACGAUUUCUUCGCCAAAAAAGAUCGCAAAAAAUCGAAAGCAGUUAAAAAGUUCGCCACUGCUGACGAAGUAGCUAAGAAAAUGGAUGAUCCAAAACAGAAACCGGACGUGCGGCCGAAGAAGGAAAGACCGACGCAAGAGGGCGAUGAAUCAGGCCGAGCUGGGGAAGAGGAAGAGUGGAAAGAAUACGAGGAGCCAGUGAAAGACUACACUGGCCUCAAGAUACAGGUGCUACAGGGCGGCAACGGAGCUCCUGAGUCGGGCCGCGACAACAGCUCGGAAGACUCUGCCCCCGAGAACAGCAAAGGCAAAGGGCCAUGGAACAAACCUGUGGAAGUGGAGACACCAGCGCCAGCACCUCCUCCAGAGGAGAAGCCUCGUGAGACCAAACCUGCAACAUACGUGCCGCCGGUGUCACGUCGCGUCGUCGAGCCUCUACGUCGGAACCAAGCUAAGCACGCGCCGGACAUCCACAACGACGACUCGUUCCCGGAGCUCGGGCGCGGCGGCGGCGGCACACGGCGCGCCGGAUGGUCCGCGCCCGCCGCCGGGGCGCCGCCCGCGCAUGCGCCGCGACACCCGCUCGCGCUCGGGAACAGGUUCACCUCGCUGCAGGACGACAGCUAGCCAGGUAGCAGCAAGCAACUCCGCGAAGCGAAGAAGUAAAGUGAAGUGUCAGUAAGGACUUUUAAGCGAAGUCUGGCGCAUACAUACACAUAUAUAUAAGUCACAGUUACAAACAGUGGAAUUCCGAAUCCCUAACAUUGCCAAACUUGCGGCUGUGGACAGUUGCUGUAAUAAAAACAAUAUUCUAAACGUGAAUAAAAUUUUCUUUCUUGGAAAUCUUCGCAAGACUGUAAGCGAUAUUUCCUUGGCCGUUUAUAAAAAAUAAUAAUUAUAGACAAUAAUUAUAAUGCCUCAAUGUGCUUUCGACUCAGAUUUGAAAAUAAAGAACGUCUUUUUAUUCUAUAUUUUAAAAAAGAAUCGUAUUUUGAAUCUGUGGCGAAUAGUAUAUUUUAAUAUUGAAAUAUGGCAACUGUCUGAAAAAAAGUGUAUAAAUAAAACAAGGAAGUGUUUGCAAAAAUAAACUAUCGUAAUUGUUAUUUUUUAUGUUUAUAUAUAUAUAUAUAUA